UGAUUGUUUUGUUUGGCCUUGCUUUCAAACGUUUCCUCGAACCAUUUGCUGGUGGAUUUUUUCUCCAAAAACUUUUUAAUUUAUACAUAAGUGAUUAAUCUACUGGACCAACGAUGGUGGACGUGAAAAAGUUCAGUGACACCGACCUGUACGGGAUGCUGGGCGUCGAAAUCGGCGCCAGCGAACAGGAAAUCCGAAAGGGCUACCGCAAGAAGGCGCUUCAAUGCCAUCCGGAUAAGAAUCCCGAUAAUCCUCGGGCAGCCGAACUCUUCCAGGAACUGUCCAAGGCUUUGGAGAUUCUGAUCGAUGUUUCGGCCCGAGCUGCCUAUGAUAAACUGUUGAACGCCAAGAAGGCUGCCCAGCUGAGGAACCAGCAGUUGGACAGCAAACGGCAGAAGCUAAAGAAUGAUCUGGAGGAAAGGGAACGACGGGCCCGGGAAGAACUUAAGCAUGGAUACAAAGUAAACAAAACGCCGGAAGAAAUAUUCCAGGAAGAAUUCGAACGACUUCGCAAAGAAGGUUCAAAGCUUGUGGCUGAGGAACAGGAAUUGAUGAGGCAACAACUUCGCCAAGAACUAAGCCAGCAACAGAAACAGCAAUCGAGCUACGAUCCCUCAAAACAUCGGAUCAAGAUCAAGUGGAAGGCAGAAAAAUGUGACCCCGAAAACGGUGGCUAUUCGGAAACCGUCUUGCAAAAAUUUCUCUCCAAGUAUGGUGACAUCAAUGUUCUGGUGAUGAGUCCCAAAAAAACGGGUAGCGCCCUGGUCGAGUUCAAAACACAAGAAGCAGCCGAGAUGGCAGUGAGCUAUGAACAGGGUCGGCUGGACAAUCCCUGCUCGCUGGAAUGGAUCGGAGAUGCCCCAAAGAAUAAACACUCUCGGACAGGAGGUUCCGCUACAAUUACCGAGAAAGAUUACGAGAGCUUAGUGCUGCGACAGCUUCGACAAGCCGAAGAACGAAAACGCCUGAUCGAGCAGAUGAUGCGGGAAGACGCCGAAGAAGAAGCGGGGAAGUCGUAGUUUGUAAUUUUAGGUAUACUGACUUUUUUUAACUGUUAAUUUAUUUUUGAUCGUAAGAUUCCUAAUUUUACUCGUAGUUUCCUAUCGUUAGAUACAGAUGUUUACAGGAAAUAAUUACUUCGUAAAUUGCAACUAGUCACGGGUUACACCCACCCGAUUGGGGCUCCAAAUUUUAAACCGGUAGAGCAGAAAAGAAGUCCUUUGUUAGCCUAAACCCCGGCAUAAUUGGUUCCUAUUCGGAUCUUGGUUGCCUCUUCAAUCAGCUGGACCAGUUGGUCCAGUUUGUCGAUUUCACCGCGGGCCAAACCGAUUCGCUCGAUUUCCUGGACGAAGUGAACCACAUCCACCUGAAGUUGCAGCCGAAUUUUGUCGUCAUCGGUCAUCGUUGUUCCGGCGCUGCUGCUGUUGUUGCUUGUGGUUGACGCAGUGCCAGUUGUUUGUGCCCGAAGAUUUUUCAAGCGGCGCAGCGAUUCUUCCGUUUUCUGGACGGACGUUAGAACUUCUUC